AUGGGAAGCUCUGGAAAUCAACCGGGGAGAAAACCAACAAAGAGGGUGUGGAGGCUUCAGAAAGAGAAUUCACAACGUGUGAAGACAGGAACACAAGUCACACCACAGAAAAGAGCAGGAGCGGAAAUCCAAAGGGUGGUGUCCAAGGAAAACAAUGGAGAGAUGAGCCAGAAAAGGGCUCGAACACUGGAGUUGGGAGGGAAAGUGGACGACACUGCCUCGAUGAGGAAGGUGGAGGUAGAGGCUAGUGCAGGGCAAAAAGGAAAACAGGAAAGCAGGACAACAUAA